CCUCGAUUCGACGAAACCACCAGCUAGCCACACUUUUUGGAGCACGCAAGCAACAGACUCCAGUAAGCAAGCUGCAGGGAUUAUCAAUGGCGAGGCUUCGGUUGGCCUUCGUCGCCGCCGCCGUCGUGUCCGCGGCGUUCAUGUCGCCGUCUGCAGUCGCGCAGCUGAGGCCGGACUACUACGCCAGCAUCUGCCCCAACCUGGAGACCAUCGUCCGGGGCUCCGUGCAGCAGUCCAUGGCGAAAUCCCCGAUCUCCGCGCCCGCUGCGCUCAGGCUCUUCUUCCACGACUGCGUCGUCAGGGGCUGUGACGCUUCGAUCAUGAUCGUGAACUCGAACGGCGACGACGAGUGGCGGAACAGCGACAACCAGUCGCUGAAGCCGGAUGGGUUUCAGACGAUUCUGAACGCCAAGGCCGCCGUGGACAGCGACCCGCAGUGCCGGUACAAGGUGUCGUGCGCGGACAUCCUGGCCCUCGCUGCAAAAGAAUCCGUCUACCAGAGCGGUGGGCCGAACUACCAGGUGGAGCUCGGCAGGUAUGACGGCAGGGUGUCGACCAGGGACAUCGUCGUGCUGCCGCACGCCAACUUCAACCUCGACCAGCUCAACGCCUUCUUCUCCGGAUUGGGCCUCUCACAGACUGACAUGAUCGCCCUAUCAGGCGGCCACACCCUCGGCGCGGCGGACUGUCCCUUCUUCCAGUACAGGAUCGGCACCGACACGACCAUGGACUCGUCCUUGGCCGCGCAGCUGCGCGGCACCUGCAGCUCCAACCCGAACGGCUUCGCGUUCCUGGACGGCUCGCCGGUGAGCUUCGACAACGCCUUCUACCGGAACCUGCAGGGCGGCAGGGGCCUCCUGGGCUCCGACCAGGUGCUGUACAGCGACACGAGGUCGCGCGGCACGGUGGACUACUACGCGUCGAACCAGGGCGCCUUCUUCGGCGACUUCAAGGCAGCGAUGACCAAGCUCGGCAGGGUCGGGGUCAAGACGGCGGCCACCGGCGAGAUUCGCCGCGACUGCCGGUUCCCCAACUAGUUUAAUUUGUCGUUAGUUAACCUCGCCGGGCGGUUGACCUGAUACAUGUACUUGUUAUAGUCUAUAACGACUGUAAUUACAAUAAGCUCAUGAUUCAUGGGGCCUGAUGUCUAUAAUAUCCU